AUGGUCUUUUUACAUUUUCCUUCUGCACUGACAGAAGAGGAGGAAAUUCUCAAACAGACCAUGGCGAAGCUGAAGAAAAAGAAAAAGCUAGUUCAGUCUCUGAAAGCUGCUGGUGGUAAUCAGGAGAAGGAAGCUGUUCAUAACAAGUCUGCCAAUAAGCCAGCUCCAGCUCCAUCUAUGGAUUCUGCAGACAAGGCCACAGAGCAAGCCAAGAAACUUGUUCAGUCUGGGGCCAUCAAAGUGACAGGUCAGAAGGAGAAAUCUGGGUUUAAACGGUCUAAAACAUUUGAGAAGAAAAAAGACAUUGAGAAACCUGCAGCUCCUGUGAGAUUUCAGCCCUUUAUGGCUUUCAAUUAUGAUGGACCGGAUGACAAGCAGCCGGUAUGUUGGGUCGACUUGGCUAAAUGUGAAAUAUAUGUUGUCUCUGCUGGUUAUGGAAACAGAAGCUACGACCGGCCUGAGCGAGAGCACAGGGAACCUCCAAAAAGAGGAAACACGCUGUAUGUCCAUGGGCUGGGGAUCAACGAGGACAUGCUGCAGAAGUCCUUCUCUAAUUUUGGCAAAAUUGUCAACAUUAACAUGGAGACGGACAAAAACACUGCAUUUAUUACAUUUGAAAAUAUGGAUGCAGCCGAACAAGCAAUUGCAGAAGUUAACGGAAGUAUGGUGAACAACACACAGCUCAGUGUGCAGAUGGCAAGACGUCAGCCAAUGCUUGACAAUUUAGGCGAGAACUCUUCUUCAGUGCCGUGGGCCAGUAUCGCUGCCAACAAUUCACAGAAAGGUUCUGCUCACCAAAGAAGGAGAGAUGUAGUGUCGUAUGAAGAUAUUUAA